GGGGGUAUUCCAGUAAGUUGUAUACGGGGAGGCUCCGCCCCAAGGUGUAAUCAUAUCCCUUACCCUUUCGUAUACCAUUUUGACAGAAAAGGAACCCCUUUUGCAUACCUUUUAUUGAAAAAGGCAUCCCUUUCACAUACCUUCUUAAGAACAUUGCAUCCCUUUUCAAGACCUUUGUUAAGACUUUAGGUAUCUAACAGGUAGUUCUUUACAUAAACCUUAUUGGUUUCCCUGGGCUUCCUUGCCUAUUAUACACAUUGAUGUAGUUAUUACAAUUAUAAAUGGCAAAAAUAAAACAAGAAACAAGAAUAAACAAUAUUGCCAGAGAACAUCAAUCAUAGCCAGAAGAGAUGUUAACCGGCCAAAAACAACUAUUUUAUAUUCAGUUCAUGUUCGAAUUCACAUUGGAGUUAAAUGACAGAUUUCCCUACCCUUUCAUGUACUUCAACUUGUGAAAUACCUACCCUUUUAUAUACCUGAAGCCUGACGAUGGUAUCCCCUUUCGGACGGAGCUCCCCGUAUGGGUCAUUAUAUAGGGAGUAUCCCCCCGUGGGGGCAUUUUAUGCGGCAUAUGGAGCUACAAUCAAGGAGUUCUUGUUACAAACCGUGAAAUCUCUUUCAGAAAUAAACGGAAAGAAGAAUCAGUCGGAUAGUGCAGAAGCCAGGUUGAGACAGAACCUAUUUCAUACUGAGUACAAUCCGGAAUUAAGACCUGUUCUAAACAGGAGUGAUAAAGUUACUGUGAAGCUUGGGGUCUCCUUGCAUCAAAUUAUCAAUGUGGACGAAAAAAAUCAGCUGAUGCAAGUUAGCCUGUGGAUUCGUCAGGUAAUUUUAAGAAGUCAUGUGCUCUUGCCAUUCCUUCCUAAACUUAACAGGUUCGUGCUGCAUUCUACACUGACCGAAGUUUACAUCCCUGGCAAUGUGCAUCGUAUGAUGGAUGCUGACGCAACCCAGGAUGGGGCACUGGAUCGAUUCAAGACCAAAAUAGUACUCAGUUCCAACGGACGGAACAUGUGGCUCGGCCCAGUACUUUACACGUUCUCCUGCAAAAUAAACGUUGACUUUUUCCCCUUUGAUGAACAGUUGUGUUCCAUGAAGUUCGGUUCCUGGACAUACGAUGGAUAUCGAGUCGACGUUCAAAUGGAAGCGGAGGAAGCUGACGUUAAGAUGUUCGUCACCAAUGGAGAGUGGGAUUUGAUUGGUGUCCCUGCUCAAAGGAAUGAAAUCAUUUACGUGUGCUGUCCUGAACCUUAUCCUGACGUCACAUUUACAGUCCAUAUAAGGAGGCGUACCAAGUAUUAUUACGUCAACCUCAUAAUACCAUGCGCACUAAUAACAUCUCUGACGCUGCUGUCGUUCUUCCUCCCCCCUGACUCGGGUGAACGCAUCACACUGGUAAUCACCAACCUCCUGGCCAUGACUGUGUUUAUGUUGAUAGUGGCAGAGAUCAUGCCUGCAACUUCUGAAGUUAUUCCACUUAUAAGCAUUUACUACACUGGUAUCAUGUUUGAGGUCGCCCUUUCCUUGGUUGCAACCUGCAUGGUCCUUAAAUGCUAUUACAACAAUCCUUCAGUCUCGGAGAUGCCCACCUGGGUUAGAACUAUUGUCCUGAACUGGCUGGCAAAAAUUGUGCGCGUCAAAGUUCCACCAGGAUUGAUAAACGUCAUUGAAAAACACGUGCAGGAACAGGAGGAGGUUCUGGAGGAAAUCCAGCAUGAAGGACAGAACUCCAUCAUUCAACCAAUCACACCCCGCGAAAGGUGUUUCACUUCAGUGGGAGAUUUCUAUUCUAAAUCUCGAGGCAGCCUAUUCUCUGCUGGACGAAACCGGUGUCGGACCUUGUCGUCUGAGAGAGAUUCUAGUCUCUAUGGAGAGACUUCGUCAACUCUUGGACUCCCCAGGUUGUAUAACCUACAAUAUGCCAGCAGUUUGCGAUCCAUCAACGAAGCGCAUCCAAUAACGAGCCCUAAUAAUGUCCAAUCGUCCUUUGAAGCCACCAUGAAAGAGAUGCUUCUGAAGCUCGACAAUUUAUUGAAGAACGUGCGAAGGCUGGUACAUGUCGUGAGACAAAAUGAAAAAAAUGACAUCAGGAAGGAGGAAUGGAAAAUUGUCGCCUCCGUCAUCGAUGCCUGCUUUUUCUGGGUGUUCAUGGUGACUUUGUUUGUUUCGAGUCUUGUGAUUUUUCUACAGGCUCCGAGUUAUUAAAACGUCUCAGGAUA